AUGAUGCCGCCACGAGCUGUCAUCGGUCGAAUACCGAAUCAGAUUCGACCGGUGCGUAAUCUGCCGGCCAGCAGCCCAUAUGUCGUCCACCUUCGGCCCUUUACGCACCGCACACGUCUUCUUCUUUCUCCUCCACCAGGCCGGCCUCAACUGCCAUUCCUGUCACCAUUAGCACCAUCCCGGCCUCUUCCCCCAUUAUCCAAUCACCUGCGCCAGCAUUUUGGACGAUUAAUAUCUACCGAAAGUCGAGAAGGCUACAAACGCCGCGUAUCUCGUGGCGUCAAGCUUGGCCUCUCCUUUAGCGCCAUCCUCGUGUUCUUCUCCAUGAUUCAGUUGGGUGUCUACCAAGAGGAUAUCGAGCACCAAUGGCCCACUCCUCCCGAAUGGACCUGGAAAAGUCGUUGGUGUUUGCGCUCCGCACAGGCACUGCAAAACCCCGAGUACAUUGGCAAAUUAAUGACCAAUUGGCCUAUGGUUGCCGGGUACAUGGAGGAAUUACUAGAGCGACUAGAGAACGUUGAAGGAGAAGGCAAGGGUAUUAUGGAACAAGACGAUGGCGGCUUUCUUGUUGAAGGGCUUGGACGUACAGGCCUGGAUAUCUCAGCAAAGAGUGAACCCUGGCGACGUGGUUACUUCCAGGCUCUUAUGGGAGCUGCCAAAGCAGCCGAAAACCUUGAUGGAUGGUUGACUGAUCGAAAACAGAAGAUCUCUGCCCCUGCGGAGUAUGUCGUUGGGCCAUCAAACCCUAGACCCAAGCCCAUGCCUGCUAAGCAAACAAAAGUCCCUCGAGAAGAAGACUGUGAGCUUGCGUCACCAGCCCCAGAGACAUUCUACAUGAAAGUUAUUACGACAAAGGGAUUUGAUACGCGACAAAAGCUUGAUGCUGCUCUUGCAUAUGCCGACUGGCUUGAUUACAAGGGAUUGAAGGAAACAGCCGGUGACAUGUACUCAUGGGCAAUGGAUAUUGCAGCACACGGAUAUGGAGGUGAUCCAAAGAGAAUCGUGGAUGUCAAGACAGGUGUACUUAAGACCGAUGUACCCGAGCUACCAUCCGAAAAUCUCAUCCGUGUCAGCACUGCACUCGCUGUUCAUAAUGCUCGCCGGGGGAACCUUCCCACUGCACUGGCAAUUUUCACAUCAGUGCUGAAGGCUCGUCGCAACCUACCUCCUUCGGCAGACUCCUCAUACUCAUCUUUUGGUCCACCUCCAACAAAAAACUCUUCGAAUGACCCAUUUUCUGCCCUCUUCAAAACUCUCCAGACCGUUCUCAUCCCGGUUGAAUACCCCCCUCCACCUUUGUCAGGAGACUUGCCGCCGACACGAACACCAAGUUCGGCAUGCGACGAAGCGGGUCUCAUGACGUACAUUGGCGAAAUAAUUUAUGCCUCUUCAUCUCACGAUCAAGGCCUUGGCUGGACAAGAGAUGCUGUCGAAAUUGCCGAGUCAACGGUAUUGAAUUUAAACUCAGAAGAGAAGACUGCCCGCGCGCAAUGUGCGCAAUGUCUGAAGGUCGGGUUAGCGAACUGGAAGGUAAUGGUCUCCUCGCUUGUUAAAACGGCGCAAGAGGAAGAACAAGAGAGUCUUAAACAGUCUCAGAAUUCCUGGUAUGGUGGCGAAAAACGAGCUAAAGGUAAAGCCGAGGUAUAUAGAAGGUGGAAAGCUGAGGAAGCCAUUCUUGAGGACCGAAUUCGGAGGAUAUCCCCACUCCUUGAAGCGGAAUAUGGCUUGGACAUGCCGUCUUUGAAUGGCCCUUUGUUUGCAUGA